UACAUACAAAUUUUACUAUUUGCUAAACUAACCAGUAUCAGCUAAUGCUGUACUGUUGUAAAGUUGUAUUGUUAUUAAAGCCGAAAACUUGCCACAGCAGGCGCUGGUUUCUCCAAUCAAUAUGGUGACGUCACAACGUGCCUGGAUGUUCUACUUGAUUAAUUAUUUUAGCUUGUCGUUAAUAUGUACAUUGAAAGUAAAAUGAGACAUCUGCACUCCCCGCUCUUCCGCCACAUUACAGCAACCAACUCGCUCCAUCACAAGCUCUUCAUUGGCUGCAGUCUUUCUCACGCCAAGCCAGUGCCCAACCACAUCUGCAAACAAUGGCGGGCUGUGCGCACCACCCUGAAUCAGCAUGUUCGGGACUUGACCGGGCCCGAGCAGAGGCUGCUGAAUAAACUCUACGCGGGUCUGAUCGGAGGUCAUCGAGCUUCUCUGGCUGAGUCCAUCACGCUGGUGGAGACGCAACAUCCGCGGAAGAAGGAGCUGGCCCAGGUGCUGCUGCAGAGGGUGCUGGCCUACAGGAGGGAGCAGGAGAGCCGCAAUGAUGGGAAGCCGGUGUCCUUUAGAGUAGGUCUCUCGGGCCCUCCGGGAGCGGGAAAGUCGUCGUUCAUCGAAGUGGUGGGCAAGAUGCUGACGGGACGUGGGCAUAAAGUGUCAGUGCUGGCCGUCGACCCGUCCUCCUGCACGACGGGAGGGUCCCUGAUGGGCGACAAGACCCGCAUGACAGAACUCUCCCGUGACAUGAACGCCUUCAUCCGGCCGUCGCCCACGUCGGGAACGCUCGGCGGCGUCACCAGGACGACCAACGAAGCCGUCGUCCUCUGCGAAGGGGCGGGUUACGACGUCGUCCUCGUAGAGACUGUGGGUGUCGGCCAGUCGGAGUUUGCAGUGGCGGACAUGGUUGACAUGUUUGUGUUGCUAAUUCCGCCAGCGGGCGGCGACGAACUGCAGGGCAUCAAGAGGGGCAUCAUCGAGAGGGCCGACCUCGUGGUGGUGACCAAGUGGGACGGCGACCUAGUGGUGCCGGCCAGGAGGAUCCAGGCGGAAUACACCAGCGCUAUGAAGCUGCUCAGGAGGCAGUCCAAGUCCUGGAACCCCAAGGUGGUCCACGCUUCCUCGCACAGCGUUGAGGGCAUCCCGGAGGUCUGGGCGGAGAUGCAGUCGUACCGCCGGGCCAUGUUGGCCAGCGGCGAGCUGCAGGGCCGCCGCCGGGCCCAGCAGAAGGUGUGGAUGUGGACCUUGAUCCAGGAGAACGUCCUCGCCCACUUCCGGCAUCACCCCGCCGUCCGCGAGGCCCUGCCCCGCCUGGAGGAGAGGGUCACCCGCGGGGACAUCUCCCCCGGCCUGGCAUCCGAUCUGCUCCUCAAAGCCUUUCUGUCGUCGUCCUUGUAGUCGGUGGGUGGGAGUGGAGGCCUUCGUCCAGCAGGGGGCGCUCAUGCAAUGAAACUUUUUAAUACUUGACAGCCUAUUCGAAUGGAUAUUUGGAGAGUGAAAAUGAGACAAACAAGAAAUUUCAAUGGAAAAACAUCUCAAUGACACUCUUAAAUUACACUACUCACAAAAAGUUAGAGAUAGGGCAAUUUUUGGGGGACUUUUCUGGAUGAGCCUAAAAUGCAUGAAACCUUUAGGGGUUACCUUAAAUUUGUCCUCCUGUCAACUUUUGAGUGCACAUGGCCAACUGUUGAAUGUUUCAGUACUUCUUCGCACAACUUGUUGUUCUCUAACAAGGAGCUGAACGGCACAAUUCACAAGCGGUGUUUCAAGCCAUGAACUUUCCAAGCAGGCCUUUCUGUGACUCUUCCAGUGUCUCUGUUGCAACCUGCUGAUGACACACACAUCAAAUGUUAAGUGGCAUUUUGGUCUCACGAUGUUCAAAAUUCGACCAGCAAGAUGAAGAGGACUGUUUAAAUACCAAUCCAGUAUAUGAGGAACGGAAAACAGGUUAGCAGACUUCCUGUGUGUGCUGCGACUAAGGCGAUAACUAUGUUAACUACAGCUCGAUGAGCUGAUGGUUUGAACCCGAACUUGCUAACGUUGUUUUCUUUAUCACUGAUGUAUUUGGGCAAAAGUAGGCUCGGGGAAAGAAAUCCACUAAGCCGACUUCAAAAAUAGGUCGAUGCACAAUUUCUGCUUCCAAGUGCCGGAGGAACCAAAAAAAGAAGUUCCACCCAGAACCAUGUUUGCACGGCCGGAACCAAUGUUUCACAUGGACAUUUAUUGCAGACGGACGCAGCGUUGGGCCAAAAACGACAAAGAAUUGGAAAGUGCUUUUUAAGACUAUUAGAUGUGUAAUGUACAUGAUGUAUGAGUGAGCUGAAUCAUCUCCCCCCCCCCCCCAUUUGACCUAAAAUGAUAAUUGCUAAUCGCAAAUACUAACCCUUUAGCAAAUGCUGGUUUUUGUCUCAAAUUCUGUACAGAGUUAAGACCAUACACAUAUGCAGUUGAAGCCCUCAGAAAUGACAAAUAAAAUGCAUGUUGUAGUGCGAGUCGCCCUAUUGCAUGGGGCAAGUACUCGAAAAUAUCUAUAGGAUAGUCGAUUCUUAAAAGAUUCAAUUGUGACAGCUCUACAAAUGUGAUACACGUAAACACAAAUAGAUGUCCGGCAUAACGAUUUAAUGGAAUAUUUCUUGCUGCCAUCAAACAAAAGCGCCUUAGAAUGCACGUUACAACCCACAGGGUUGAUUGGAGUGGACAUUGUCCAUAGAAACAUGCAAUUAACAAAACAAACAAAAAAAAAACAAAUGAUGGACUGUACAGUUUAGCAUUUUUGGACAAAUGCCUUUAUGCUUGUGAUUUGACUAUAUUUAAAUGUAACUGUCACUGUCCAAUAAUAGUCAUGUACUGAAGCCCCAAUUAUUUUUCUUUUCAUCCCAAACAAUAUGAAAUAAUAUUUUUUGUCUGGUCAAAAUCAUUUACUUUUUAAUGACAAACCACAGAGUCACCGGUAUGUGUUCACUUUUCAUUUCUAGAAUUUUUUUUUUUAAUAAAGUUGCAAUUUACAAAAAGAUGCUAAUUUUUACAAGAAAAAAAACUAUCAAAACGUACUUUGAUGAAUGUGUGUGUACUAGCGCGCAUAAUCCGUCGCUGGUGUAAAUAUGAAUAUUUUCUGAUGAUUGUCAUCAGAUCGUGUUUGAGGCUUGGCAUCAGAGAAUUAUGAAACAUGGGAUCGCAAUGUAUAUUUACACAUUGAAUACUACACAUGAUUUUCUUGUUGCGAUUAAUAAACUGAUUUUCAGAUGAGUGUAAUGCAAUAAUAUAUCUUAAACAGCCCCCCAAAUAAUAACAGAAUGAUGAAGACUGCACAGAUUGUUUUGUUUGUUAUUGUUUAUUUGUUAUUUAUUUAUUCACGUUUAUUUUUUUGGUUUAUUUGACAGGCAGUGAUCCCCACAAUCUAUUUGUGCUCGUUUCCCCAAUGUGCCAGGAUGCACAAUGCAAAAUGUUAGGGCUAUAUGACAAUUUAUGCAGCUGCAGUACCUUCAUAUUCACAAUGACAUCAUUCUACCAGAAGCUUUUCAGGUGGUUGUUAUCAACUUGUGAUAGCGCAAUGUAUGAGAUAAGAGUUGACAAAAGGGAGCCCCAAAAAAAAAAAACUUCCUGCCAAGUGGACCUGGCUCCAGCGCUUGCUUCCAAUGAACCGAAUGUGCAAAAUAAGCGGAACAGGGACCUUGUACCUCGAGUCCAUGAGCGAUAUGGGCAACUCUGACAUUCUGACCUGGAUAUAAUGUCACAACCUGCAACAUGAUGUCUUGGAGCAAGUCUGAGUAAUGCAGACAUGGCGGGUUGCCAGCAAUGGUUGGAAGUCACCAAGGACAAAUACUUGAGUUUUUGUACUUGAGUAUUGAUUUUUAGGACAACAUACUGCACAAACAGCAAUGCACGUACACUACACACCCUACUACUACGAGUGUUGUAACCCUCGAGAUGGCUCCGCAGUGGCCUUGGUCUCGAGACCAGUCUGCAGACUACAUUUUGUAGGUCUUGGUCUUGUCUCGGACUGGCGAGAUCUUUUUUGUCGAGACCGGUGGAGCUCAGCGCUGGUCUGCUAUUCUUCAACGUCCUCAAUGUGAUCAUCAGGAGAAGAGAAAUGACUUUUCCUGACUGUCUGACAUCAAAUCAGACGAAACUUUUCCUCUUUCAAGUCAUUGAGGAUUACCAAAAUCAUUUCUAUUUGCUAAAUGCCAGAAUAAUGAAAUGUAGUUUUUUUUUUAGAGAUGUUUAUAAAAGACAAUACCGACAAUGCAAAUACCUUCAAUUCAUGUGUUACUAACCUCCCACCACACCUGUAAUGACUGCAACCUCUUCUUUUAAUCAUUUUUUAAAAUGCAAACAAAUUGCAAGAGUUUAGUUGAAAAAAAAAAUGGCUAAGAUUUAAGAUUUGUGCAUGUUGGCCUUUGAAAGAGUUAUUUUGGGCCUUCAAAUGUAUUUCAAAGAAAAUCAAAAAUAAAGAAAAUUCUCUUUA